AUGCCUAUAGCGGAAGUUCGGACGUUGUUUCAGGCGAAAUUAAGCGAAAAUCCUGAUCAUGGUUUUCACCAGUUAGAUUUGGAUAGAGUUAAGGACGAUAAAUACUUACGUAGGGUCCUUAAACAUAAUGAAGAGGACCCGAAGGAAGCGUUCAAUAUGCUGUGGGAUAUAUUUACGUGGCGGAAGACCGUCGGAGCGAAUGACAUUAACGAGAAGACGAUAAAGAUGGAAUAUGUUGAUGAAGGUAUAAUAUUCCCUCACAGUCGCGAUGUUGACGGCUGCCUGCUACUCAUCAUAAAGUCCAAGAAACAUGUCAAAGGUACCAAGGACUUUGAGGAGAUAAAGAAAAUAAUUAUAUACUGGUUUGAUCGAAUGGAAAGAGAGGAGAAUGGCAACAAGAUUUCCCUUUUUUUUGACAUGGAUGGCUGUGGACUCAGUAAUAUGGACAUGGAAUUAAUUCAAUACCUUAUAUCACUCUUUAAACAUUACUAUCCCUAUUUUCUAAACUACAUCAUCAUAUUUCAAAUGCCAUGGGUUCUGUCAGCUGCUUUUAAAAUUGUCAAAUCUCUUCUCCCAGCUCAAGCAAUUGAGAAGUUGAAAAAUGUAAACCGUGAUUCACUCAAGAACUAUGUUAGUGCAGAACAGGCUUUGACAUGUUGGGGCGGACUGGAUGGUUAUGUAUAUGAGUUUAUACCCGAAAAUAAAACACCUGAACACACACCAAAAAAAGUGACAUUUGCACAGCAGAAUGAUGUACAAGCUGGCGAUAUGCUUAAAAUACAACCGAACAAUCUAAUAAUGUUUAAAAGUGAUAAUGAUGACCUAACUGGCCAGUUCACCAUCACGAAUAACGAAAAUACUCCUGUGUCCUUCAAGAUCAGGACAACAUCACCAGAGAAAUUCCGAGUGCGGCCCAGCUCAGGUGUUCUGUCUAUAGGCACUAAUCAAACUGUGAUGAUAGUGGUCCAACCUGGAUUCCAGAAACAAGUGACAAAGGAUAUGUUCCUAGUGAUGUGCAUGCAAGUGCCGAAGACCGAUCUAUCGGUGAAGGAAUUGAGUGAUAUAUGGCACAACAGUUCAGGUAACAAAGUGGAUGAGUACCGUCUGAAGUGUCAGUUUCCAGUUAAGGAAGUGAAAAAUGGUAAUGUUCUGGAAAAGCAGGAUAAGUAUGAUUCGGUGAGUAAUGCACUGAAUAAUCUUCAGAUGAAUUACGAAGUACUUCAUAAGCAAGUGGAGAGGAUGAAGAUGUUCCAGUUUCUUACUUUAAUUAUGUCUGUGGUCGCCGUUGUUCUAGGUUAUCUCGUGUUUAUGAAUACCUAUGAGGAUAGGUAUUGUGAGCAUAUUUAA